GACACAUUUGCGUGCGCGUGGGUAGGCAGUCUCGUGUGCACUGAGCAAAAGUGGAAGUUUGCCGCAAAAACCGAUCAUAGUGAAAUCUCUACCAACCCGAAACGGUGUGGCCUGAAAUUGGUACGCACUGCAGAGAACACAAAUGUAAACCGCAGUGGUGUCGUCACUUGACAAGCCGUCUACAUUUCAGCUGAAUCACUGGGCCUCAUCCUCGUCUUGACGUACGGGAACUGACUGAGGAUGAGUAGAAAAGGUGGCCUCAGUCUCCCGCACAAGCGAAAGGAAGUCAGUCAGGACAGAUUGAAGCAACUGGUAUCAGAACUGCGUGAAAUGGCCACAAGCAGACACGCUCCUUUACCAAGCGAACCUGAUUAUUUUACAAAUGAAAAAACGUUAACCCGAUUCAUCAAAGCCAGAAAGUACGUGCUCAAAGAUGCAUACAAACAGUUGGCGGCCGCAAUCGAGUGGCGCAGGGAGUAUCGACCUAAUCAAGUGGAGUGCAUUUGGUGCGCAGAGCAACCAGGAUACCAUGGGAUCCGUCAAGUGGGGUUCGAUUCGGAACAAAGGACAGUGAUGUACGCGUGUUUCGCCCAAUGCCAUACCAACAAAAACACCGCCGAGGACGUGAUUGCCCACGUGCUCUACCUAGUGGAAAACGCUAUACGCUGUUCAGAAGCUUUGGCAGAUGAAUUAGUCAUUGUGGUGGACUGCACAGGUUUCAGCUUGCCAUGCUGCAAUCCAAAAAUUGGCAAGCAAUUUGUCCAAACAUUCGCCAACAACUACCCCGAACACUUAAAUCGUUUCUACUUGAUAAACCACAACCCGAUACUACAAGGAGUAUGGAAGACGAUUAAAGUGUUUGUCGAUCCGAAUACGGCGAAAAAAGUGAAGCUGGUUAAGAAGGAGAGAUUAGAGUCAAUAUUCGAAGAACGCUUCGGAACCGAAUUAGCUGCUUGGUUGAGAGAAGAGAUACGGCUGAACAGGACAUCGAUUAGCGAGGCCCAACUGCGAUUCUGGCAAGCACCGCAAGACCCUGGAGUCCAUGAUCCACGAGGAGCACCGAGUUACGUGAGGAAAUACAUCGAACCGCUAGAACAACGCCGGAAGCAAAUCCCGAAUGAGUUGUUGAAACUUUCCGUUUUGGGCCGAAACGUCCACAUGCCCCACCCCAACAUUAUAAACGAACUGAAUGGUCAGCUGAAGGAUUAUAAACUUGUUGGUUCGAGAAAUCAGAAGCAGAAUUUGACCAAGGAAGAAUUAGAAGAGUACGGUGUCUGUCUCACAAAUCAGAUGAGCUGCGACGAUGAUGACGACGACAGCACAAGCACCGGAACAAGCCCCAACUCGCGAAACUCCCCUUAACAGUCGAACGCUCAAACCGUGAUCUCCAAUGCAGCCGUCUCGGCAAUAAAGAUGUGAAUAUCAAGUUUGCCUUCGAUAUACUUGAGUUUUUAGCAGGAAAAU